CGGAUUAGAUUUUUGCUUCCCCCACUCCACUCCUACUCCAUCCUCACUCUCUGCUGAUGUCUGUUUGUGACUGUAUGUAGGUCAAUCCAAAUUCAUAUCACAAACACACAAGUAAACAAAAAAAUAUCUUCUUCUUCUUCUUCUUCACAUAAACCCUAAUCUCAAUAAUACAUGCAUUAGUCGAUUGCGAAUAUUCAUUCAUUCUCCAUGGACUUGCGUCUGCAAAAUACACGCUGCAUUUCAUCCUCAUUUCGUCGUUCGGCACUGCUUCCUCAUCCUCGGCCUGCCAUUGGACUUUCCUUCUGCAACAAGCCUACAAAUAACCGGAAAUGUAGAAACAUGUGCGCUGCUUCCAAUUCUGAUACAAUUGUGAAAUCGACUGAUAUUACAAGCAAAAUUGAACAAGAGCACGCUGAUUUGAGGUCUUGGAUGGAAAGGAACGGACUCCCCCCUUGCAAAGUCAUGCUUAAAGAUAGGCCUUCUCAUGAUUCCAACCUCCAGCCUAUUCACUAUGUAGCUGCCAGCCAAGAUCUUCAGGAAGGUGAUGUAGUAUUUUCUAUCCCUAAUUCAUUGGUGGUGACGCUCGAAAGAGUUCUGGGAAAUGAGAGUGUUGCGGAACUUUUAACCACAAACAAGUUAUCAGAGUUAGCCUGCUUGGCACUAUAUCUAAUGUAUGAAAAGAAGCAAGGUAAAAAGUCUUUCUGGUAUCCAUAUAUUAGAGAACUUGAUCGUCAGCGAGGUAGGGGGCAGUUAGCUGUGGAGUCGCCACUUUUAUGGUCAGAGGCUGAAUUAGAUUACCUGACAGGAAGUCCGACAAAGGCUGAAGUUUUCGAGAGGUCUGAAGGAAUCAAGAGAGAGUAUAAUGAGCUUGAUACUGUCUGGUUUAUGGCUGGAUCAUUAUUUCAGCAAUAUCCAUAUGAUAUCCCUACGGAGGCUUUCCCUUUUGAGAUUUUCAAACAAGCUUUUGUUGCAGUUCAAUCCUGUGUCGUUCAUUUGCAGAAAGUCAGUUUGGCGAGGAGAUUUGCAUUGGUUCCCCUAGGACCUCCAUUGUUGUCCUAUAGAAGCAACUGCAAAGCAAUGUUAACUGCUGUUGAUGGAGCUGUGCAACUUGUCAUCGAUCGUCCAUAUAAAGCUGGGGAUCCUAUUGUUGUCUGGUGUGGGCCACAGCCUAACUCAAAGUUACUCAUAAACUAUGGUUUUGUUGACGAAGAUAAUUCUUAUGAUCGUUUGGUGGUGGAGGCUUCUCUGAAUACCGAGGAUCCUCAGUAUCAGAAUAAGAGAUUGGCUGCUCAAAGAAAUGCGAAGCUAUCCGUGCAAACAUUUCAGAUCGUUGUGGGCAAGGAAAGAGAGGCUGUGAUGGACAUGCUUCCUUAUCUGCGAUUAGGAUAUGUUUCUGAUCCUUCAGAGAUGCAAUCUGUUCUAUCUUCUCAAGGUCCAAUAUGUCCGGUGAGUUCCUGCAUGGAACGUGCUGUUCUGGACCAACUUGCUGGGUAUUUUAUAAGUAGACUUGCUGGUUAUCCGACUACACUUACUGAAGAUGAGACUUUGCUUGCAGAUAGUAACUUGAGUCCAAAACAACGAGUAGCAACACAACUUGUCAAGUCGGAGAAGAAAAUAUUAAAAGCAUGCCUGCAGGCAACAGUAGACCUGAUAAACCAGCUACCUGAUUUCUCUAUAUCCCCCUGUCCUGCUCCUUAUGCCCUAAAUCUGAAAUGAUUUUUCUAUCUCCAUUAUGAUCGUUUACUGCUGGCCUUGAGAAUAUGAGAUAUUGGUACAAAUGGAUGUCAAUUGAUGAGGUUGGUGAAGUAAAGGUGGAUCUCAUUAUCAGGAGAUGAAUGCUACUAUAAGUUUCUGGGGCAAUCUUCUUAUCAACAAAAUAGGAAAGUUUGCAUUGCAGUAUUAUGUCCGUCCAUCUAUAUAUACCACCCCGAUCCCUAGUUUUAGAUUAAUUUCCAUCCGUUUUUCACAUUUUUGUCGAUUAUAAAAUUGUAGAGCAAUUGAAUUGUGUUGAAAUAUGGUAUGAUUUGAAGUGUUGAAGGCUUUUGAAGAAGCAAGUGAAAGA